AUGCGCCAGAGUCUCUUUCAUCCCUGCAUCCCGCUCAGGUGCAGUUAUGUGGAGAUCCCUUGGGAAGAUGCUCAACGGCCCUCAUAUUUGAUUCCAAGGACCAUGGAACUUGGGAAUGUCUUCGGCAGCACCAACUACAGCAUUGAAGUAGUUCCUCGGGGAGGUGGAAACAAGUUUGGAUAUCUUGCGCCAAUGAACAUCUUUCACCUUCCUCCAACCGGUCGGGCCACGAAAAUUCCCUUCGAAGGCAUGAAUGAGGCUGGCUUGACCGUUUCCGCGCUCUAUUUCGCUGAGUCCGUCUAUGAGCAGUCACAUCCGGCAAAGAAGGACCUGACUGUCCUGGAUGUAAUUCCGGCACUCCUUGCAAACUGCUCGACCGCAGAUGCCGCAAGAGAACUACUGGAAUCUGUUAGCGUUGUGCGUGCGAUGGGCAACAUCCCGGAGGACACCGGAGUGAUGACCAAUGCGGCAUGGCUGUGCAAGAUAGUGCAUCUGAGUCCGUCAUAUCCGCUGGAGAACAACAUGCUGCAAGUGAAAGUGGAUGACGACAUAGGAGUUGUACCCCGUCCGGUCGGUCAUGGCUGGAAUUUGUUUGGCCUUCCUGGAGACAGCUCCUCCCCAAGCCGCUUCGUGCGACUCUUCUAUUUACGCGGAUAUGGCAUGAAGGCAAAUCCUCCCAAGAGCUUCGAUGAUGCCGUGGUGUUGGGAACUGCGCUGUUGAACAACGUCUUCAUUCCGUUUGGCUCUGUGGCAGCGGAUCCCAGGGAGCCGGGCGACGCCCCGGAGUAUACGCCGUAUGGCAUCUUGAAGAGUCCCCAGGAGCGAGUGAUGCUGAUCCGAGGCUACCGAAACUCCCAAUGGCGCAAACUCGACCUCAAUCGCCUGGAUUUCUCACAAGUCCGUUCGUGGCCGCUGGAAGAUGGCUCGCUUGGUGUUCAGGAAACUUGGCUCAAGUGCUGCUGUUCCUUACUCUCUGCGCAUGAUGCUGCGUCCAUGCUUUGCCUUCUCAGACUUGUUCAAAAGCUAAGAUCAUGGUCCUUCUACCUUUUAACUUCCAUGGUUUAUUUACUACGGCAAGCGCUGGCUUCAUGGUUGACUGAAGCAACAUUGCCGCUGCGCCUUUCGUCGUCAGUGCUUCUGCACUUGAGGACAUAA